CCACGGCCCGUUUAUCAGGAUCCAUCGAGGCCGUAACAGUCGUCACGUGACCUUCCUUGUCGUCACUCUCUCCUCCACCGCGCUCUGGCUUUCGACCCCCUGGCUGCCGCAACUCUCGGCUGUAACGCUCUGCCUCCGGUCCAACCGGUCGUGUCGGUGGCCGAGCUGUGUGCACCGCUACAUCACUUCGCCAGCUGCCGGAUCCGUUAGAGGAGAAAUGGCUGCAGCUCUGUCGCGCGCCCUCAAGCUGCCCGGGAAGAAGGGCUCGGAGCUCGGAGAGUACGACCCUCUCACCCAGGCAGACAGCGAUGACGAGAGCGAAGAGGACGACCUGGUGCUCAACUACCCCAGGAACGGCCUGGGCAGGGACACCUGCCUGGGGACGGCUCCCUCCAAGCUGCGGGGCAGCAGGUCCGCCAGAAUCCGGGCCAAGGACGGAACACAGGAGGAGGAGGAGGACGAGGAGGAGGAUGAAUGGAGGGAGCAGCUGCCCAGCAAAUCCCGGCAGGACAGAGGCGACAUGAAAGGAAUGCAGUACUGGAGCCACAGGGAGUCGAGCAGGGACAGGAUGGGGGGCGGGGGCGCCGGGUCCCUGGGGGGCGCCGGCCUCGGGGUUCACAGCACGGACCUGGAGCUGAAGAGGCUGAGGAUGAAGAACGUGAUCCGGAGCGCGUUCUUCCUGGUUCCUGUGGUGUGCGCCACCGUUCUGGUGCUGCUGUGCGCGUUCCUGAUCCCGUGCAGGAAGGGCGAGAUGGAGAGGAAGCCGCAGUGGGAGAGGGCCCUGGGAGACGCAGGAGGGCUGACUCCACACGCGCUGGCGCUGUGGGACGUCGACGGCGACUCGGUGGAGGACGUGCUGCUCGGCGUCACGGAGUGGACCAACGACACGCACCCCACACAAAGGAACAAACUGCACAGCGUGGUGGUGCUGUCUGCCGCCAGCGGCCGCAUGCUGUGGAGGAAGCCCAUGGCCGAGCCCGUCAUGUACGUCCAGUGUGGUCUGCAGCACGGCAGCCAGCGGCCGGCCGCGUGCCUCCUCAUCAGCAAGUCCCUCCUCAUGGCCGUCAACAGCAGCACAGGGAAGAACCUUUCAUCGGUGCAGCUCAAGAACAUCGAAUCGCAGGCGGUUUUACUUCCUGACGUCCAGGGCGACGGCGUUCCAGACCUGCUCAUCGCCACGCUGCCGGCGGACGAGGCCCUGGACCUGUCGCUGAGCCUGAUCUCGGGGCUGACAGGGGAGCAGAUCGGACGUCCGGUGCCCUUCCACCUCUUCGGGCAGGGGAAGCUGACUGGGCCGCUGCUCCACCAGACAGAGAAGGGGGCCUACUACAUCCUGUUCGGACUAGGGAGCGUUGAGGCCAUUUCUCUGCGGGACAUUUACACUCGUGCUACUGACAAAGCGCAGCUUUCUCCAGCACUUAAAGUGAAGGAUUCUUUGUGGGAGAAACUGAAAAACACUUCGACAUCCUUUGUGCACAUUUACAGGGGAUCUGAGGGCGUGGAGUUCCUGCUCCCGUUUGUGGCCGGCUUUGGCAACAACCACAACAACCUGGACCCGGUUUCGAACCUGAACACCACCAGAAGUGACUGGGUGCUGGUGUACGGCUCCAGCUCCAGCAAGCUGUCGGUGAUCAAACAGAAGGACAUACAUAAGACGUGGACAUGGACCAGCUCGAAGCUCAUUCAAAGUCAACCGUCCCUGGGACACUUUAACGACGAUGGAGUCCUGGACCUUUUCUUUCAGCACUCAUCCAACGGUGUCAUGGAGGCUCAGGUCAUCGACGGGGCGAAUGGACAGCCGCUGUGGUCGGCACAGUUCGUGUGCCCUCACCUGGUUCUGGAAACAUCAGCGAUCUCCACCACGACGGGCCAAUCAGUAUUCCUUUUCUGGGCCAGCCACCCAAUCAGAACACAGAAGAACGGCACCAGGACGACUGUGGCACCAGGUGUUGCUGCAGCAGAACCUUUCAUCAGAAACCUCUUCCUGCUGCACCCGGCGUAUCCCACCAUCCUGCUGCAGCUGAGCAGCACCACAGAUACAGCCGUCACAUCUGCAGUGAGCUACCAGGAGCACCAGAAGGACGCCACCUACGUCACCGUGUCCUCCCGGCCCACGACUGAUUCAGAGUUCGGUGCUCACAUCGUCAAGAGCAUGAGCCUGAGAUCCGCUAUCGCCAAAGGACAGAUCGUCAUAGUGGGGGAGAGCAACAAACCAGGAGGCCCCGUUAAGCCUGGGGUGUUUGAGGUGAACAAGUUCUUCAGCCGCCUGACGUUCAGACCACAGGUCUCACGAGGCGGCACAAACAGAGGGGCUCCGGCGAGGCUGAAGGCGACGGGACGCUCUGCACUGCAGAGGCACUAGGCUCAUUUCAUGUUGUGUCAUGUUUAAGUCGGUAUGAAUUUCAGUUUUGUUACUUGAGAAGAUUUUUGUAAAACAAUGAUUUAAAAGUCUGGAUUUCUUCCUGUUUGUAUAACAAAACUAUUUUUGUUAUUGUUAUUUGUGAGUAGGGACGUCUUUUACUUGAAUGUUUGGGACUGUUUAGACUUGGUGGCAGCAGAGAAUCUCAACUCUCUACUUUAUUACGAGCAGUGAGGAUUAAAGAUGUGUUUACAGUCUAGUCCUGCAUCAUCCCCCAGUCAUUUCUAAUGAAGCCACUAAUAAUCUGUCUGCUGAUCACCAAGUUAAAUAGUAUAGUGAUUGUAAAUAUGAGGCCUGUACAGUAUUUAUUGCUUCACUUUAUCGCAUCGUUUCUUCAUGUUUUAUUUGUUAACUUAUCCUGUGAGAUUUUGUUUCAUUUUUUCUCUGAACACGUGGCUGCUACUGGUUGUUGCAUUUCAAUGUAAACUGCAAGGUCACGUAUCAAGUGAAGUAUGAAAUGGCUUUUUUUCCUGAGACAACAGCGUGUGUGGUUAUUUAAGUGUUUGUUUUUAAUUUUAUUGUCAUCUUCCUGUAACACGAUGUAGAUUCUGUAUUAAUGGACCAAAGAGUCAAAAAUAUCAAACUCAGCAUUU